AAGCGGAAGGUGCUGGGGGGCGGCACGUACGCUACGGUGUAUGUGGCACGAUGUAAACGGACGGGACAACAAGUGGCGCUGAAAAAGUUGAGGCGGAUGGCGCCGCCGGCAUCAGGUGGUGUGCUGCAGGCGGCUAUGCGAGAGAUCAAGGUUCUGCAGGAACUACGUCAUCCGCACAUUGUACGACUGCGGGAGACCUUCCAACACAAAGAUACGCUCGUACUGGUCUUUGACUACGCAGCAGGCGGAGAUCUGGAGCUGCUCCUGUACGGCAGCUCCACCGGUGCCGCCGGCGCCCCCGGCGGCACCGGCGACAGAGGCGCUGCGCACAUGAAGGCACUCCUGGAAGCCCUGUCGUACUGCCACGAGCAGGGUGUUCUUCAUCGAGAUGUGAAACCCAACAACUUGUUGUUGGGAGAUCAAGGACAGCUGAUUCUAGCAGAUUUCGGACUGGCCAGGUACUUGCCCCUGGAGGCGGCGGGGGAGGAAGAUGGGGAUGAUGAUGAUGAUGAUGAUGAUGGGUGGUACCGGCCGCCUGAGCUGCUGUACGGCUGCCGUACGUACGGCACCUGUAUCGACGUCUGGGCAGCGGGCUGUGUGUUUGCGGAGAUGAUGUUGCGGCGGGUUUGGUUCAAGGGCAAUUCCGACGUGGAGCAGUUGCGGCUCAUCUUCGAGGUGCUGGGCACCCCCUCCGAGGCCACGUGGCCGGGGGUCACCAGUCUGCCCAACUACCUGAAGUUUACACCCAUGGCGCCCAAGGACUUGGCGACUAUCUUCCCGGAUGCCACACCAGACGCCCUCGAUCUGCUACGGCAGCUCACUUGCCUGUGCCCUCGAGAGCGGCCCACGGCUCGCCAGGCACUGGCGCACCCCUACUUCACCGCUGACCCCCCGCCCGCGCCAGCGGGGGAGUUGCCG